UCACGUUAUAUAAUCUUCGAUAUGAGUGGUCAGCGUCCAAGCUUGGGUUACGUAUAUCCCUCAUCGGCGGUCGGGCGCCCUUUCUCUACCUAAGCCCAAAAUUUCGGCCGUGAUCUCUCGUGGUAGACCGAAUCUUUUUGCGUAUAUGGCUGGUGUAGAAGUUGUGGGUAUCGUCCUCGCGACUAUCCCAUUGGUGAUUUCUGCUAUUGAACAUUACGAAGAUGCACUGCAAACUAUUAAUAGAUGGCGGUCCACCACUAGGGAACUCCAGAGCCUUAAGAGGAGACUUGGGACGCAACAAGCUAUAUUCACUAACACUUGCGAACAUCUAUUGGGAGGGCUAGUUUCUGCUACAGACCUUGAAACAAUGAUUGCUGACCCAUUCGGGCCGUCAUGGCAGGACCCCGAUAUCAAAUGCAAAAUCGAGAUGCGACUCGACCGUGUUCGAGAACAAUUUCAUAACACGGCCAAAGCAAUGGUCGAAGCAGUCGAACAAUUCAAAGUCCGCUUGGAUCUGGAUGAAACCGGUAAGGUCAAAUGGGUUGAGGCGAAGGCAAUAGUGCGCGAGCUCAGACGGGCUACAUUCAUUAUCAGAAGGUCACACUAUGAUGAUCUUCUCAAUAGCUUAUCGGAAGGAAACCAAGACUUGAAGACCCUGACGAACCAGAGUCUGCAACUCGAGCCGGAAAGAAAAACCAGUUACCAAGGAAGGCUCCUGGUGUUGCUUCGCGGCAUAUCGAAGAAAGCAUACAGCGCAGUACUAAAUAACCUCCAAUGUACUUGCUCUACGAGUCAUGGCGCCAGUCUAGAAAUGGGCACGUUAGACAUAAAAAGCACCGAUAAGGAACAACAGGUUCUACACAAUUCAGUGUUCCGGUGCACUUUUUCCUAUCUGCCCAAUCAACAAGGCACAGAAAUAGAUGUACUAUGCUGGCAAAGAGUUUUGCUAAAGCUGGAUGACUCAGAGAAACCAGCACAAAGUAAGCCAGCUCAUCGUUUCGCGGGUCCACUACAAACGAACGGUGUGAGGCCGAAAACAUCAGAGAGACUUCGCAGAUUCAAAAGUGUCAAGUUCGCUAUGCAAUCAGCUUUCAACAGCAACGCUCAAGUUCAGUCAGUUAUUGCUACGCAGACCCAAUCGAACGAUAGCCCAGAUAUCUUGUUGCCCAGCACGCUUGCGAGCACCGUAGUCACCGCGAAAACUAUGGAUAAAGUUAACAUAUGUCAUAUCAUCAGAAAGCAAGGAAAAAUGCCCUAUACCUCUUGCUAUGGCCAUAUCGCGGACCAAGACGUGAAGGAGAACUCAAGCUUUGGGGUUUACCCACCGGAGCCCCACGAAGACUCUGAAAAUAUAAAAUUCUUGUCAAUGAAAUCUAUCCUCAAAGGCCAAGGGUCAAAAUUUCCCGGAAUAUCAUAUCGUCAGAAAGUGAAACUUGCUAUUGAUAUAUCAUCGAGUUUACUACAACUUAACGGUACCCCUUGGUUCCCGGAAACUCUUACCAGCGAGGACAUCUUCUUCUUGGUUCGAGACGGAGUACCGGUCUAUGAUCGAGCUUUUGUCAACAAAGGAUCCCUAUAUACGGCCUCGACCCAACCAACAGCUAAUAUAAUGAGCCAACCACGGGAUAUCAUUUCGGGACGACCAUUGUUCGCACUUGGGAUUCUGUUGAUCGAGAUCUUGCUACUUGAGACACUGGACCAUGUGUGGACACCCAGAUGUUACGGAGAACCGACAAGUAUGCCAAUGGCUGACCAAAUUAAGGAUUGGAAAGGUCUCAAAAACUUCUUGGAUGAUGUCGAACAUAUGGCCGGGUCCAAUUACAGCUCAGCGGUGCGACGGUUCCUCUUCUGCGACUUUAUACAUGUGAAUACUUCACAGAAUGAAGAGGUCAUAUACAAAGAGAUAUAUGGGAAGACGGUUGCCCUACUCAUGAGAGAUCGCAGCGCGUCUGAGUCUAAUCAAUUUAUCUCGCAUUAUUAAAGGGGGUCGUAUCCAUGGAUGUUGAAUGCCAAAAACUAGAGAAUUUUGAAAAACAUGUGCAUAAAGUUAACGGACAACGAGUUAUGGUGCUGAGAUGCGUACAGUGCCGUUUUUCAUCCAAAUUUCCCCAAGCACUUGUUAUAUCCUGUAAAAUGAAGAGAUCGAACUUGAAAACCCAA